CUCAAAAAAAAAAACAUAUGGGGGUUUGAGUGUAAUUAGCAAAAUAAGCAAAGCUGUGGAGGUUGAAAUAGCGAACCCUAGUAGGGUUUUGGAUUUACUUCUUCUUACUUGAAUUACAUCUUGUCAACGGCGACCGAACCCUAGUCGAAGCUGCACUGAAAACAUGGCCGUCGGGAAGAACAAGCGGAUAUCAAAGGGAAAGAAGGGAGGCAAGAAGAAGGCAGUUGAUCCGUUUGCAAAGAAGGACUGGUACGACAUCAAGGCACCUUCUGUCUUCAAUAUCAGGAAUAUUGGAAAGACCCUUGUCACCAGAACCCAGGGAACCAAGAUUGCUUCUGAGGGAUUGAAACAUCGAGUUUUUGAAGUAUCUUUGGCUGACCUUCAGAAGGAUGAGGAUCAUGCCUACAGGAAGAUCCGCCUUAGAGCAGAGGAUGUGCAAGGGAGGAAUGUACUGACAAACUUCUGGGGAAUGGACUUCACUACGGACAAGCUAAGGUCACUGGUGCGGAAAUGGCAGACACUGAUCGAAGCCCAUGUUGAUGUGAAGACUACUGAUAAUUACACUUUAAGGUUGUUUUGCAUUGCUUUCACUAAGAGGCGUGCAAACCAGGUCAAGCGGACAUGCUAUGCUCAGUCCAGUCAGAUCCGUCAGAUUCGCCGGAAGAUGAGGGAAAUCAUGGUUAAUCAAGCCUCAUCAUGUGAUUUGAAAGAACUGGUGGCAAAAUUCAUCCCUGAGAUGAUUGGCAGAGAAAUAGAGAAGGCAACAUCCAGCAUAUACCCCCUGCAAAAUGUCUUUAUUCGAAAGGUCAAGAUCUUGAAGGCACCCAAAUUCGAUCUAGGCAAGUUGAUGGAGGUUCAUGGUGAUUAUUCAGCAGAUGAUAUUGGUGUGAAGUUGGACAGGCCUGCUGAUGAAACCAUGGCAGAGGGAGAGACUGAGGUUGUCGGUGCAGCCUAAGCAGAGAGGUUUAUUUUAGGUUCUGAUAAUCCUUCCAAUUUUCAGCCUUGUAAUAUUCAAAUUCAGAAGCGCAACUCUAUGAGUGGUUUCUUAGAUAUUAAGUCGAUUUUGCCUUUGUCCAUGUGAAUCACGCUAACAAUUUGCAACCUUAUGCUUCAUUAUAAUUUCUGUUAUGAUUUA